UCCGCUGACAUCAGCCUACGCCGCCAUAUUGGAAGAGAAGUCACCUCCGCCAUCUCGGCCGCAGCAGGCGGGGAACGCUGGCUCCCACUGCCUCGGCCGAAUCCUGCUCCCCAUGAUUCCCCCCGGCCGGCUGUUGCCCCGGUGGGGAUAGGGCGGAGACAGGAGCGGCUGCCGUCUCUUCUUCUUUCCCCCUCCCGAUCUGUCGCAAAGUUCCUAUCCCCGUGGCGGGCCUUUGACCUUCCACCGCCUCCAGCCAUGACUUCUUUGACCCAGCGUAGCUCCGGGCUGGUGCAGCGCCGGACAGAGGCCUCCCGCAACGCCGCCGCCGCCACCAAGGAGCGGGAGGCGGGAGGCCACUCUGAGGAUGAAGGCCGCCGGGACGAGCCCGGUGACGAUGAGAAGGGUGACUCCAAGGAAACACGCCUCACCCUCAUGGAAGAGGUGCUGCUCCUGGGUCUCAAGGACCGUGAGGGUUACACAUCAUUUUGGAAUGAUUGCAUCUCCUCAGGAUUGCGCGGCUGUAUGUUAAUUGAAUUGGCAUUGCGAGGGCGUCUUCAGUUAGAGGCUUGCGGAAUGAGGCGUAAAAGUCUAUUGACAAGAAAGGUAAUUUGCAAGUCAGAUGCUCCUACAGGGGAUGUUCUGCUUGAUGAAGCUCUGAAACACAUAAAAGAGACCCAACCUCCUGAAACAGUACAAAAUUGGAUUGAACUGCUUAGUGGUGAAACAUGGAACCCAUUGAAGUUGCAUUAUCAAUUGCGAAAUGUCCGUGAACGGUUAGCAAAAAAUCUAGUGGAAAAAGGUGUACUGACCACAGAAAAACAAAACUUCCUUCUUUUUGACAUGACUACACACCCUCUCACCAACAACAAUAUCAAGCAGCGCCUCAUUAAGAAGGUUCAAGAAGCAGUUCUUGACAAAUGGGUGAACAACCCUCACCGCAUGGAGAAGCGCUUGCUAGCACUUGUUUAUUUAGCCCAUGCCUCAGAUGUUCUGGAGAACGCUUUUGCCCCCCUUCUGGAUGAGCAGUAUGAUUUAGCCACAAAGAGAGUGCGGCAGCUUCUAGAUUUAGACCCUGAGGUUGAAUGUAUGAAAGCCAACAUGAAUGAGGUUCUAUGGGCUGUUGUAGCAGCUUUCACAAAAUAACUGCAUUCAGACCAAAGUGUUCUCUCUUCUCUCAUGUAAAUCCGUUGUUUCUCUUUUAUUGACUAUUCAUGUUUUCUGUAAUUUGUACCUUCUCACAUGAUGAAUCAACUCUUGUUUAAUAGAAAUGAUGUGGUGAAUUCCCUCCUUCUCUAUCUGUAUACAGGAUUCUGCUGGUACAAGAGACCUUCCCAUUUAAAAACAACAGAAAAAAAUUUUACUGCCAUAUUGGCAUUCUAAUUCCUAUUCAGUUUUGAGUUAUCUGAAAUACUUAGUUUAGUGUAUUUUUCAUCUUACUGUUAUUGAAGUGGUUUAACAUGGAAAAUACCUCAAGAAGGAAAUGUGCAUGCAAUUGGAUCACUAGUCUCAGCUGACACAGAUGUGUGCAUUCAUCAGUGCUUCUGCAGUACAACUCCUAACAGAUUGAAGAAGGGCCUUUUAAAAUCACCAAAGCUUCAAGUUGAAGCAUCUGUCAGAACAUUUUAUAUACAGAUGUUGUUUCAAUUAUAUCUAACAAAAAUAACAGCAAAAAUGCCAUUAAGCAGCUUUUUCAAUAGUUCCUGUAAAAUGACCCAUAAAUUUUACUUUUCAUUAAAGUCUCCUGCAAACUUAUGUUUACAUUAAAAUGAUAUCUGAGUCAUAAGGCUAGUGUUGAAAGGUCUAGUUUUUUCAUAAACCCAUUUUGGGAUGGGAUGCAUUCCAUUAUAUUGUAUAUAUAGUUCAAAUUGUAAAUUAACAACUUCCCCAUCUUAGUAUUUUGCAAGUUUUACACAUGGUGCCCCUGAUUUGCCAUCAGCCAUUUGACGGAAAAAAAGGGCCUCCUAUAAAGAGCAUGUGUGUAAAAGCUGUUUGUUUCCAGUGUCUAUAGUUUGCCAUCCAGGUAUUCUAAGUCUCUGCAUUGUCUUUGAGAAUUACUGUAAAGAAUGAGACCACUUUCCAUCAUCAUAUCAUCAUUUGUACUUUUUUUUCCUUGUCUUCUUUUCCCCUUCUCUACGGAAGAGGCUUGGGACCAGCACAAUUCUUGACUGCAGUUUUUAUGUUUGUUUGUACACAAAUUAUUUGUCUCAAACAUUUUAAUUUAUUUUACAAUUUAAAAACAAAAAGUUAGUUCUAGUAGGUGUUGCAUUUAAAUGGUUAGCAAGUAAUGACUGCAGCUCAGAUUAUUAACAUUUCUGUAAUGGGAUGCUGUGCUAUAUUUAUUUUUUAUAUCAAAUUAUGCUGAUUAGCACACUAUUGUAAAUAUAUAUAUAUAUAUAUAUAAGACUUUGUCUUUUAAAAAAUUAAUUGUCUUUUUGCCACUGCUUGUUAGCUCCCAUUUGUUUCACAGUGCAAAUAUGCAUUGAACAAAUUAUGUAUUUUUUUCCGCAUAACAAUGAAGAUUUAUGGUGGGGCUUACAGGUGUCUAGAAACUUUUUUUGGUUAAUAUUCAGAGUAAGAAUACUAGGUGGUAUAUAACUUGAGAGUUGAAAUUUAGGAGAUCCCUUAAUCUGUAUACUAGCUUUUUACCUGCAGCAAAUAAACUAUGAUCUUAAAAGUGCCUGAAACAGAGCAAGCAUGUAACUUUUUUGCUGUUGCUAAUUAGAAAGGUUUUAUUGCUUAACUGAAAGCUUUAGUUAAUAUUUUUCUUAGAAAGAGAGAGUUUAUAUUAAGUAGAUCAAACUGAUCUAAUCAGCAGCAUCACUCGGAUCUGCAGGAUUUAUGGCUGGGUCAGACUGAGUUAACUUGUGAGUGUUCAGUUGUGUCUGCCAUAGGUAGGCCUCAUCUGUGACUGGACUUCCAAUUUUGCAUUUAAUUUUAAAGAAUUUAAAUGCUUAGGUAGUUGACUUGAAAAUACAACUUUAAUUCAUCAUACUUAUAGAUAGAACCUUUUUUAAAGUAAAGAUUUUAAAAAUAUAGUCCUUAACUUUUAGUGGCACAUUGUUCUUUCGGUUCUUGAAUUAUGUUACUUUAUAAAAAUUAAAGUAUAAUGUAAGGCAUUUCAAACUUUGGUUUACAAAUAAAAAGAUAAACAGUGUUCUCCUAGCUGUAAGAUGCUGUGUUUAAAACUUUGAGGAGCUUGGGCAUGAACUUUGGACAUUUUCUUUCAAACAUUUUCAAAAUGUGAUUAAGUGGAGGAAAAAAUGAAAGUUGCUGUGUUACUCUUGUGAAAAACGAGGUUCACUCUCCUGGUAAAAUUUAAAAGUUUAAUAAAGGACAAUAGGAUUCAAAAAUAAAUCAAAGUUUAAUGGCUGGGUGCUUGGCAUUCCGCCAAGAGCACACCUGCUAUUUUGGAGACACCCUUGACAUACCUUUUCUAUUGCAUCAGCCUACUGCAUAUUCAUAAACAAUUAUUCAUAUUUAAACUUUUCCCCAAACUAGUUUACAUGUUCCAAGAACUGUUUAGCAUGGCUCCUCCUCUGGUCCACCUUUUUAUAGCAUGCGCAUUUCUUGGCUGUGGUUUUAGUCCAUUCUUAUUAUCACCUCCAGCUUGGGCUUUGAUCCAUACUUUAUACAGACAGUAGGUGCUGAUAGUAGCAGGGAUCUUCAUCAUACGUUCAUUGGAUGUUUAUACCAGCCAAGCAGGCAGUGCAAUUACUACAAGCAUAAUUAUAUGAGCUAUUUCACUACUAUGCCUAACUUUAGUUAAUAGCAGAAAUAAAAACGACAUCUUUAUAGCAAACUUAUUUUAACAUUAUACAUAUAGAAUCAAUUUUAAUAUUUGUGAAAAGCCAGUAUUAUAAUAUGUAUUUAUGACACUUAUAUUUGAAAACUUACAGAAUACUUUCUGUACUUGAUAGUAUAUGUUAACUCGUUGCUUUCAUAGUCUCUCCCUCCGGUGAUUGAUUUUCUCAUUUUCUGUUGCUAUUUAAGAGAGAAAAUUAAUGAGGCAGAAAAAUCAGAAAAAAAUAGUGGUGUAUUUGGGAGCAAGUUGAGUGCACAAAACUUUUAAAAUGGCUUUGAAAAUCUAAGCUACUUGAAACAUUAUUCAGACUAAAAGUAUCUUUCAUAGUCCCUUUUCUGUCCUCUCAUCUUCAUUUUGUCAUGUACCUGCUGGGUUCAUUUUGCAUUAACACCCUACCUCACUGGAAAGGACUUGCCAUCUACUUGGGUGCCUCAGGGGAAAGCCCAGGACCUCAAGCACUACCCCCUGAGGGGGCCUCUCCCAGUUCAGGAGCCAAGCUGCCCCUGCCCAGUGCCACUGCUUCUUUGCCACAGCUCCAGGUUUUUCGCUACACUGUAAUCCCACACUCCCUUCCUGCUGGGACAAACUGCAGCAUACUAGUAAAGAACUGUUAUUCCUUUUCGCAAAUCUUUGCCUGAAAGCCCCUAAUUUCAAUGUUAUAAUAAUUCGGAGAAAAGGGGGUCAUAUUCUCCAUUCCAAGGAAGGUUCUCACCUUCCUUAGCAGACACCUGUCUUUCAAACCAAGACACCCAGUAAUAGCCUUUUCUUGGCUGUCAAGCACCUUCCCCUUUGGUGUACUUAUGGUCACAGCCAGCAGGCAGGUGAGAUGAUUCCCCCUCAGCUGCAGGGGGUGCUGUGGCGGGAGCUCAGAUGCCUCUUCAUGUGGGUAACAGCAGGCAUACUGGCGGGAGAGAUAAAAAGGGCUUCCUUUACAACCUCACAGGGGCAGCUAAUCUUGGUGCCCCUCCAGAUGGUGAAAGGGGAUGUAGUGGGAAUCUCAGCAGCAGCUGGAAUGGCAGAGGCCUGUAGGUAGACAGUUUGUCGUAAUUGGGAGUGGGGCUGUGGCCGAGCCUCAUCCCUAAUGGGCUACAACUGUGAAAAGCAGGUGAACGGUAUUGAAAGCAAUGAGACAUGGAGUGCUGAGGUGUACUGACCAAUCACAAAAGGGAACAGAAGGCACACAGGUGCAAUGCAUGAACAAUGAGGAAAAUAAAAGGUUGGGCUAAAGAACAAGAAGGGUGGAUGCUUGCAGCCUUCUGAAGUGGUAUGGUGUUACUCUGUAUGGGUUGAAGCCUUCUGAUAUUGUAUGGUGGUACUCUGCGUAUUGUGGCCAUCUCUACUGUGACAUAGGCUAUGACAUAUGCUGCGACAGAGGCAGGCACACCCAUGGUAGCAAACAAGAUGUAGCAGAAACUCUGCAGCUAUAUCAGGAGCCAUGUGGUGUUCCAACAGGCAGGGGGUGCUGGGUUACAGUGUAGUGAAAAACCCAGAGCAGUGGCAGAAAACCCAAAACAGUGCGGCUGGGCAGUGUCAGCCAGGUUCUUGAACGCUGCUGAGAGAGGCUUCCUUGGAGGGGAGAGGGGGCUUGGGGUCCUGGGUUUUUCCCUGAUGCACCCGAGUAGAUGGUUGUUAUAGAUACAUAUUAUAAUAUUGGCUUUUUGCAAAUAUUAAAAUGGAUUCUAUAUGUGUGGUGUUAAAGUAACUUUGUUAUAAAGAUAGUUUUUAUUUCUGUUGAUAACUGUUAUAAGUAAAAAUGAAAUAUGCCCAAUUCUAAUAAAAAUAAAAAUAAUUUAUUUCGCAACUGUAAUACAGUCCCAACAGCCAACAAUCAAAAGGACAGCAUAAUACUCCCGGGAGGUAAGCUGGGUGAACGUGAAUAUGGCCUCUAUAGCACCAAAUCCCCCUCGUCCACACCGGUUGCUCUGAGGCAGCAGUUCUUAUAUUCUUUAAUUUGCCCACGGCAGAGUCCCUUUGUUUCUUUUUUGAGUUCUUCAUAUUCAAGUUGGUUUCUUUCUUCGGUUCAGGCUGCACAAAGCCUUCUUCCAAGAGUUGAUUGAUACGCUUCCCCGAUUCCCGGAAUCUGGCAUUCAGAUGGCAGGUGUUGAUGGCUCCGGUUAUCUCAGAUGGGUAUCUCGUCCAGGCCAUCAUCUCUUGGGCGUCACUGGACAUAUGCCUUUGUGAAUGUCCAUCUCCUGUGCAUCCGAGGUUUCCUUUGUAUGUAAAUGUUGCGGUGCCUCCCUGUCCAUCUGCCAAGAUUUCGUCACCCUGAGGAUGAAAAUUCUUCCCUCUCCCUUCCCCUAUGUACAGUUGGUUUGGUUAAUAUAUUUUAUACAACUUUAUCUGCAUUAAUUACUAACUGUAUCCUUAACAUAACUAAGCUUAGACAUGGUAGUGAAAUAGCUGAUAUAAGUAUACUUGUGUUAAAAUGCCUGCUUGGAUGGGAUAACAUCCAAUAAACAUAUGAUGAGGACACCCUGCUACAGACAUGCCAACUAUCAGCACUCACUGUCUGAAGACAGUGUGGGCCAGAGCCCAAAACUGAAGGUGAUUAUAAAAAUGGACUAAAACCACAACCAAGGAAUAUGCAUGCUCUAAAAAGGCAGACCUGAGGAGGAGAUAUGCUAAACAAUUCUUGGAAUAUGUAAACUAAUUUGGGGGAAAGUGUACUAUGCAUAAUUGUUUAUGAAUAUGUAACAGGCUGAUGCAAUAGAAAUGGUAUAUAAAGGGUGUUUCCAAAAUAACGUCUGCUCUUGGCUGAGUGCCAAGACACACCUGGCCGUAACAUCUUUGCUUUAUUGUUGUGGGAACUCAGUACAUCACUCCGGCUGUCCAGAGCUACCGAGACAACCCUUGGGGGGGGCUCGGAAGUCCUGGAAUGUUGCCAAAAGUGCCUGGUGGCUUGACUUUGAUCCUUCUAAAGAAGUGACACCUCUGUAUGAGGAGAUGAGAGAAUUUCAAGUUUGAAUGGUGAGGGGAUGAUAUUCACUGGGUGAAACAGAUCUUAAUGCACUGUACAGGGGGGUUUUGUGUGUUGUACAGGGGGGUUUGGAAUCCUGUACAUGGGGGUCAGGGGUUCUAAGAUGGAGGGAUUUGGGCGUGCCCUGUCCUUCUUCUUUCUUCUCCUUGGCAUCCAUGUUCAGGAUGAUGUUGGCAUGUGUGGAUUGGUUCAUGGUGAAGGUGCACUUGUUAACAAAGGUGAAAAGUAUUGGAAAUAGAAGGUAAAUAUUUUAUACAUAGUUUUCACUAUAAAAGAGACAACUGCCCCGUGGGUGGGAGAGAGUGCUUUUGGCUGCCUUGCUGACCAGACCUCGGCUGAGCAGACAGAAAACGUUGUAGAUAAGAAAUAAUAAAAACAACCGAAGACCGAAAACUCAAGAGUCCAGACUCAUUCUUCAAAGCACGGCCUGCCCAGAACCACCUUUUCCCGUGUUGGGGCAGAGACAAGUAACAGCCGACCCCGACAUAUUGUCUUUUUCUCCUAUUGUCCUUUAUUAAACUUUUAAAAAUUUUACAGGAGAGUGUAACAUGUUUUCCACAAUGGUGAAGGUCCUUUCCAGUGAGGUAGGGUCUUUAAAAGGUCCCAGUGUAACGGCUGCUCGUACAAGCAGAGCCUCAUUCACAGUAGAAGACAGUAGGAGAUGGGACUCUGCAACGGUGGCAAAUUCUUCCCACAGCAACAGCAGCCUGGGUCCCCUUCGAUCCCGAGUGAAAGAGAGAGAGGGAGAGGAAAAAAAAGUGAAAAGCCGAGCCCAGCCCCUCACCCCCCAGCUAAAAUCUCACGAUAUGUCUGCCCUUCCCAAGAGAAACCCAUCAGAGAAGUGCAGCCAGCUUCACCCCUUCCCUCUCCUCCUGCCCCCAGCCAUAUCUUCUGCUCUCUCAAGUAUUGGUCCUUUAUCAUCUCUUAGAAACAAAUGGGACAAAAUUCCCUGAAAGAAAAAAAGAAAAAGAAGCUGAGCCCAGCGCUUCACCCCACAGCCAAAAUCUCAUGGUAUCUCUGCCCUUCCCAAGAGAAAGCCCCCCAGCUAAGAUAGUGCCUCCAGCUGCACUCCUCCCCCUUGACUACAUCUUUUGUCUCUUAAGUACCGCUCAUUAUUGUCUCUUAGCAUCAAAUGUGACAAAAUUCCCGGAGAGAAAGAAAAAGGAAAAAAAAAAAGGAAAAAUCCUGACCUCCAACAGGCACCCACAACACUUGGACGUUCCAAGCUAAGUUUUACUCUGUGUAAAAAAUGCCAAUCACUUGUUUUUUAAAAUUUUAAAAGUUUAAUAGUAAUAAAAUGGUUGUAAAAAUAGUAAUUAAAUUAGAGUAAUAAAAAUGUGGACAAUUAGGAUUAGGACAAUACAAGACAAUAAAAACAAAGAGUUACGGACAGUCCGAGUACCUUUUUCUGGGCAAAAUAAGCCCAAAAAGGACACAUAUUAACAGAGGAUCAACCCUUAAAAACAAUAGCCUGUUGCAUAUUCAUACAUUUCAUACAUGAUGCAUAAAUUCCAUUCAAACAAAGGAUUCUGUCUGGUCAGUGUCAACUUUUCCUCUUAAUCCUGACAGAGUCUUUAGGGCUGAGUGAGGCAGGAAGAAGUUAUUUUCUUCUGAUAAGGGAGCAGUAAAUUCUUUUUCUCUGAAAGAUUUAGGUGUCCUUUUGUUAUGAAUAGAAAGUUGUAUUUUUUUUGAGUUUCAGAGUUAAAAACAAGUCAGACCAGUCAGACUUCUUUGGUUUCGCUGCCAAAGAAAAGGUUCUUAAUUACCCGUUAAUGGCCGGUGAUUAACUAUUGUUUCCCCGAUGCUGGCCGCUUGCCAAGAAGACACCAGGACAGACCCUCCAAGUUAAAGAGAAUAGGCAGUGACAUCAGAGCCAGUAUGCAGAUGAGAAAUGCAUUGCGCCCUGAAUUUUUACAGUUUUACAGUUUUUACAAGAAAAACCCCUAAAAUCACGAGCCAACAAGUGACUUAAGUGAUGUCUAAGGAUGGGAGCAUAGUCCCGUACCUGCUUAGACCCUUUUUGUUUCUCACCCUAACCUGAAAGGAUACUGAUUAAAGAGACACCCCGGGGUGUUAAACAAGCUAGGAAUCUGCGACUCUCCUGUGAGGACAGAAUCCCCAGCUCUGUCUGCAGACCAGCGGACAAAGCUGCAUCAUCCUCCUUCUCCGUGCCACUCCUGGGAGCACCAGCGGUGUGGGCGCAACCCGUCGAUUUCUCCCCACCUGAGCUGAUUCUUCUUAAUAAAGGCAUUAAAAAGGAGAAAGAUCUCCUGCCCAUUUAUUUCACUUUGGCUGCUAUCUCAGUGCGAGUACCUCAUUCCUCUCUUUUAAAAAAUAUCCCACAUACAUAGUUUCUAUUGUAACUACAAAACUACAUUUACCAUACUAUUAAAAUAUUAACACAGCACUACUAAUCAAUACAACAUAAUACAUAUAGUAAAUAUCUGCGUAGAGCCAUAUAAUAUGCACUUUUCACACUCUGCACAUAUUAAGUACUGAGUAAGUUGCUCCUGUAUCAAUUUAAAAAUUUACCUUUUCAUUCCUCAGCAAUAAUGUAACCAGGGGCUCAGGUGAAGAUGAUUCCCCCUGUCCCCUUCAGGGGAAUUAUUCAUCUUUAUUUAGGGUCAUGAACUUGAUGAUUUGAAGAACCAGGUUUUGGUUUCCUGUCUGAAUUCCCCUGACUUGGGGACACUCCCUUUUCCUUCUUUACAAAUUGCCAAAGUAUACUUCAGCCAUGCUAUGAAUGGAGAGGGGGGAGCUUAGACAAUUCCCUGCCUUUGCCUGGUUUACUGGCAGUAGGCAGUAGCUUUAUUGAGGCGGCCAGCACCCCAAAACCCAGUCUCACUCACAAGUUCUUAAUAAUGACUAAUCAGGCCUAUUACAACAUUAAUUAUGUAUUGAAUAGACACAAGAAAAAUAGACAUAAGACUUUAACAGGCUUCUCACUCUCGGGAUCUCCUCUUGUGAUAAAUUGAGACACGCCUUAUUGGUAUAAUCAAAUAAGAAUUUAUUGAUUACAGCAAGCAAGGCAUAAGCAAAUCAGCGCUGGGUGGCGGGGGAGUCUAGCUCCGCCAACUGCCGCAGCCACAGUCAGUUCCAGUUGGUUUUUAUACUGUGUAGUUUCCUGUCGACGUGUCCUUUAAGUUGUACUCUGCGUAUGUGUUCUUCUGUUGCUAGGUGGUCAUAUCCUGCCUCCCGGUGGUCUCUAGAUGAAGGCCGGUAGUUUUGUUUUUUUUUUUCUCAGAUUUCCUCUGGGCGACCCAUUCCUUAUUUAGUACCAAUGCUUAUCUCUCUGAAACUUAAAAGUUGUUAGGCAAGCAUAUUUUGGACAAUGUGUGUUUUACCAAGAGCUGGAAGUCUGUUUCUUGUUAUCUUACUUUAGUCCCGGGUUUUCUCAAGUGCUGGAAGUCUGUUUCCUGUUAUCUUACUUUAAUCCCUUAGUGAACAAAACACGCUGUGUUCUAUCACACUCUGGUCUGGUCUGGUUGGGAAGAUCCCUUGGUGUGUCUCUGUUAAAAGUCUCUUUUCCCCAACCCAGCAGCCGAAGAAGGAGUCGAGAAGUCUUUGGUUCACGUUUUCAAGGUUGUUUAUUAUUUCUUUAUCGCAAAGAUUUUCUGUCUGGCCUGCCAAGGUCUAUUCUGCAGGUCAGUCUGAGGCAUACUCUCCGCCUCUUGGGCUGGUGCUAUCUUUUAUACUAAAAACUAUGUAUACUAUUGUUAUAAAUGAAAUAUGAAAAAUAGCCAAUUUUAAUAAAAAAAUUAAAAAUAAAA